AUGGAGAACUUUUCCGAACCUGUGCCAGAUGAUAACGACCAGCAAAGUCUGACCCCGGUCGGACUGAGCGGAAGAGAAAUGGACAUCAUGUGGAAGAUGGGUGUUGCUUCUUUCCCUUCCACCAACAACAUGUUGGUUAUUCCAAGCUCCAUGGCAAUCAAACUCAGCAAAGAUAACGUCGAUGAUCUUCAUUCUCGUUUCAAGGCUCACUUCGGAAUUGCUCAAGCUGUUGCAACUCAUCAUCCUUCGGCUAAUGUCUUUCUCAUUCACCAACCCCUCGAGCCAGGCGCAGCUGAAUUCGGUCCUCCCGACAUGAGCAGCUCGCCGGCUCCAUCAACUUCAUCCAUGUCCAUGAUGUCUACUCCGAGCCCCGCCUCAGAUCCCGCGCGUGCACGUUCGACCAAGGCAUUGGCGGCCAAGUCACUUCGCUUGCCGGGCAAGAAAUCCAGAGUGCCUCGCCCCCCCAAUGCAUUCAUUCUGUACCGAGCCAAAAAUCAUCCCAUUGUCAAAAAAGCAAAUCCGGAAAUGGCAAACAACGAUAUCUCGGUCAUCCUCGGGAAAAAGUGGAGGGCAGAGUCUGAACAGGUUCGAACACAUUUCAAACAGUUGGCAGAAACAAUCAAAGCUCGGCAUGCGUUGGAGAAUCCGGGUUACCAGUAUUCCCCACGCAAACCAUCUGAGAAAAAGCGCCGUAUGACUCCACGAAAACUUGCUGCACUCCGCACUGCAAGAGUCAAGAACAAUUCUGAGUCUGUUUCGGAUCUUGAGAUGACAGAUGCCAACGAUGUCGGCGAAAGCAAAGGCCGCAACAGUAAGGCAGCGGACAACUCUUCUGUCCUGAACGACACAGUCGCCGAUUUCUACCACGUCAACGAACCAAUUUCCGCCGCGGGACUGAUGGGCAGCGAGCGUACAUUCUACCCCAGCCGCAUCCAUCAUGGGGACCAGGGUGAGAUGACAGUGGUGCUGCCAGCAGGCCACGGGAGUUUGGAGUACGACUACGCAGUCCGUAUGUCCCACUUCCAGCACAUCCGCCCUGAAGACGAGAUGGCGGUCGGCGGGCGCACCGAGGCGAGCGAGUGGGACGAGCCUCCUUACACGCGGGCGACCUGGGCGGCGCUGGCAUCGGACGAAUACAUGAAUGCGCUGAUCGACUGGGACGCCAUCGCCUCUAGGGACGCCUUAGUGGUGCAGAACGCAGGUCGCGCGGAGCAGGAACUGCCGGCGCUGGAGUCGCUGCAUUUUGCCAACCAAGAGGAGUAUGCCCAGUUCCUGGAGCAGAUCCAUCGCGCGCUGGAAGUUAUGGAAUGA